UUACUUUUUAGUUUGAUAUGCUUUAAAAGCGUGUUUUUUAGUUUUUAUAAAAUAUAUUUAUUUUUAAUUUUUUAGUUUGAUGUGAGAAACCCCAAAUUUGUUAAAAUAUGAACUAUGACAUGUAGUAUUGGUUAAGUAAAUCGAUAAUUAGACAGCAGUUAAUAUCUACUCGUAACCUUUCAUUGACUAAUUGUUAUAUUACAUAUAUUAUUUGCAACCAAGUUCUAUUGACGACUUUACGAAUUAUUAUUUCUUAAUCGAAUCAUCUCUUCUAAAGCCCGGGUCCCAUUGUCGGCGCAAGUAGCACAAUUUGUACCGAUUUUUAUUGGUCUACAUCGGCGCAAAGUGCCAAAACAAAAUUGAGUCAAUUUUUAGCAGUCACAUUAUCGGCGCAUAUUGUGUCAUUUUUUAUCGGCGCAUGUUAAAUAUUCUGUUACGAUAAUCGGCGCAACGCGGUCACACUGUUGUGCUCAAUCAGCUGUUUGCAGUAAAAGUUUUUAUUUAUUUUAAAACAUGGAUUAUUUGAAGAAGAAAAAAGUUGCAAUUGCUCUGCUUACCAUUGCAACAUUAAAGCUGAAAAAGAAAAAUCAGAAACGUAAAAUAAAUCCUAAACAACGUAGUAUCUGGGUGAGAAAUUGGCUGGAAAGAAGAAAUACUAAUGGUGCAUAUGAAACGACUUUACGUGAAUUUCGAGAAGUUGAUAAUCAAAAGUUUCUUUUCAAAAAUUACGUGCGAAUGAACGAAAACAAUUUUAAUGAGUUACUGCAGCUAAUUUCCCCACUGAUUAAAAAAAGAGAUACAUGUUUUCGUGAAUCUAUUCCAGCAAGUCAUCGUUUGGCCUGCACUCUCCGCUUUUUGGCCACGGGCGAUAGCUACAAAAGUCUUUCAGCUUUUUUCCGUAUUGCCCCAAACACUAUCUCAAAAUUUGUUCCUGAAGUUUGUGAUGUGAUUUACAGUCAACUUCGAAAUACUUACCUGAAGAUACCUUCAACAAAAGAAGAAUGGGCUGAAGUUGCUUCGAAAUUCGAUUUAUUAUGGAACUUUCCUAACUGCAAAGGAGCAGUUGACGGCAAGCAUGUGGUCAUGAUCGCACCAGCAAAAUCAGGAAGUACGUUUUACAACUACAAAGGAACUCACAGCAUAGUGCUUAUGGCAGUUGUUGAUGCCAGUUAUAAAUAUUUGUAUAUUGACGUCGGCUGCAACGGGCGUAAUUCAGAUGGUGGUGUUUUCAGUAAAUGUUCUCUGCAGUAUGCCCUCGAUACGGAUUCUCUAAAUUUACCACCUCCUCGUCAUUUAUUAGGUCGUGAAAUGAAUGUACCUUUUGUUUUAGUGGCAGACGAUGCAUUUAAAAUGCAAAAUUAUUUGAUGAAGCCGUAUCCUGGUCGCAUUUUAUCUGCUAGCAAACGUAUUUUUAACUAUAGGUUAUCAAGGGCUAGGAGAAUAGUCGAGAACGCAUUUGAAAUCAUGAUGAAGCGCUUCGAAAUCUUUUCACGACCAAUAAAGCUGAAUCCAAAUAAAACAACGAGAGUGACGUUAGCAUGUUGCAUGUUGCUACACAAUUUUUUAAUGACAAAAAAUAUAAGUUAUGCUACUGGAUUGGUAGAUAGCUGCACUGAGGAUGGAAAUAUUAUUGAAGGUGCACGCGUUAAUAUUUCCAUACCUACCUUUGAAAACGCCACAGAGGAUAUAUCAAUUUCCUACAUAAGCAACGAAGCAAAAACUAUCCGUGAAGAAUUUGAAAACUAUUUCAUGUCACCAGACGGCGAAUUGCCAUGGCAGUAUAAAUUUAUAUAACAAAGCAGACACUUAACAGAAUAUAUGCACUUUUCAUAAUCUUUAAAUAAAUUGUAUUUAUUUGUAUUUAUAAAUCAACAUAUUAUGAUAAAUUUUCCUCAUCUUGUUGCAAUACAGCAUUCAUAGCUACUUGAAUUAAUUCCGCGUGAAGUUUAUUUGCUGCUCUUUUAUUUCUUUUUGAUAGUUCACGCAUUUGCAGUGCAAGAUACAUGCCCACUCCAUGCCAGUGGUCUUCUUCUUUAUUUAAAAAUUGUAUUGCGCUCUCCAUUGCAUCUGUUGUCACUGAUUCAUCAGGUGCAGAGGGUUUGGAUUUUCUGUCACUUCGGGCAGCUGUUGGUGGUUGCGUUACAUCUGCAUCCACAUCCAGUGUUGAGACGGACGAACUACUCUUGCAGCGAUCAUGCAAACAGUAGAAUUGCAUAGCUGACCAAAACGGCCAAUGUGGCAAAGCUUUACCGGCCGCUUGGCCUGAUUUAGUUGUCAUUUUUUUUAUUUACAUUUGAAAAUGCCGUUUUUAUAUUCGCCCAUUUUGCUUUGCAUCCGUCAACUUCUUGGGUUGGAAAUUUCUCCGCGAUGUUAUUCCAAGCUUUAUCUCUUUUGGCGCGAUCUUUAUAUUCUGGGCAGGAAUAUUCCCAAAUACAAUUGUGCAUUUCAAUGGCCUGUAUCAAAUUCGUUGUGCUUUCAUUUGUCCAUGAUGACACUAUUUGUGGUUUUUUUCGUCUUUUUGUUUUGCUGGGUGUGGAAGAAAUGGUUUCGUCAAGCACAUUGUCCAUAACACCUUCAAAAACUUCGUCGUCUGAAUUCAUUUCUAAAAAUUAUUAAUUAAUUACUUCAUACAAUAAUACAUUUUAAUUUUUUAUUUACAUAUGUUUGCAACCAGUAGAGAUGUCGAAGAUCGAUUAAUCAAAGACCUUCGACUCGAUCUUUUUGUUUAUUUUGUUUUUUUGGUUGGAAUCGAGAAUCAAUUCAAAAAUCAUGAGAUUAAUGUGGAUUUUUUCAACUUUAAAAUUUAAAAAUUAUUGAUAAAGAUUUUUCAAAUUAAUACUUAAAAAUUUGCUGAAAAAGAGAGAUAUUGGCGGUGAUUGGCGUAUUCGAUCGGUGCUCAAGUGCCCGAUAAAAAUCUGAGCAUUUUUCAAUUUUUAUUGCUCUUUAUCAAACAUUAUAGCGUUCACAUUAUCGGCGCAACUGGGUCGAUUUUGGUUGUGCAUUGUAGGCCAAAUAUCGGCCAUGAUUGUCGCAUUUCAUAAUAAUUAAUGCGGUCACAUUAUCGGUACAUGAAAUACGCCGAAAAUUUGGUACCUUGCGCCGAUAGUGGGACCCGGGCUUAAAGCUUCACUGUUACAUGGGGUUUUACCUGUCAACUUUGAACAGUCUAGUUCUUCAAUUCGAAUUCCGUCCAAAGAUCUACAACGACUAAGUUCUACAUAAGCUUGUCCAGUAGCAAACAGUCGAGAGCCCAGAUAAAUUACUGCAUGAUCUACUGUACAACCUUGGAUCUUAUGAACGGUCGACGCCCAACUAUUAUUAUUAGUAUUAUUGGCAACAUUCGUCUCUCAGCGAUUCCAUAGCUGUAUUUUGCUGGAAAUUGUAUCGAUAUUGGCUUAAUUACGUGUUCACCAUCUGAGCUGCUUAAACUUACUGUCGCCUUCCUACAGUGUUGCUCAAAUAUUCUAUGUUUCAGUACCACUAAAAAAAGUUACAAACAUACAUACAUACAUACAUACAAGUGAAGCUAAUAAAAGCGUAUUAAAAAGAACUACUAGCUGUUGUCUGGGCAGUGACAUAUUAUAGACCAUACAUUUACGGCAGAGCAUUUGAUCCCUUAACCGAUCACCAACCACUUAAGUGGCUCCAAAAAAAACAAGGGAAAAGACAUUAACCCAAGAUUGCAAAGAUGGUUAAUUAAACUAGGUGAAUACAAUAUUAAUUUAAAUUACGUGAAAGGAAAGGAAAAUAACGUAGCCGAUUUUCUAAGUAGAAUAGAUAGUAACACAGGCGAGAUUCAUUCAUUGGAAGAAGACAACAUAAGCACAAAUGCUACAAUCCACUCUCAAGAGGAGGAACUAAAUGAUCGUUUUCCAAUUUUACAUACUAUUGUAAAUCGCUUCAAUACACAAAUCAUUUUAACAAAAAAGAAAAUUAUGGAAUCUGAAGAACUAGGCAACACGAAGAAAAUUUUUAUUAGCGCAGAAGAUAUAAAAAAUAAUAAUUUCAUAGAUCUUUGUAAUUUCAUGAAGAACAAGUUUAUAAACAAAUUGCUCAAUAUCAUAAAAAUGAAACAGGCCAUGCAGGUAUUGAUGAAUAUUAUGAAAAAUUAAAAAAACUAAUAUACUGGAAAAAUUUGAAAGCUUUGAUUCAAAAAUAUAUAAAUAAUUGCGAUGUUUGAAAUAGAGCAAAAUAUGAUAUGUAGAAAACCUUUAAAACCAAAAUUUCAAUUAACGAAAACACCAUCAGAUAUAAAUGAAAUAGUUCACGCAGAUAUAUACGUAAAUAAAAAAAUGUUACUUCCUUACUUUUAUAGACAAAUUUGCGAAAUUUGCUAUGGCAUUACAGCUAGAAGAUAGAAACAGUAUAACUAUUACAGAAAAGCUAAGAUUAUUCUUUUCUAUCUAAGGAACACCCAGAAAGUUAAUAUUAGAUAAUGAAUUCAACUCAAUUAACAUUAAAGAUUUUGUUAGGAAAGAAGAAAUAGAAGUUCAUUUUACAAAACCAAACAGUCAUACUGGGAAUUCAGAUAUCGAAAGAUUUCAUAAUAUUCUCUCCGAAAGAACUAGAGUCGUAGAAAUUAAAAAACCAAGCCUUUCGACAGCGGAAAAAGUAUUUCAAAGCAUAGAAUGGUUCUUAUACCAUUCUUACCAUUCUACAAUUAAAACCACACCUCUUGAGGUUAUAAAUGGAAAAACUGAUAAAAAUUUGAUUAAAGACACUAUUCAGAAGACUAAAGAAAAAUGCAUUAGAAAACUAAAUAGAAAUAGAGAAGAGUUUAAUAACACUCAAAAAGAAGGUUACGUAAAAAUGUAUAAAGCGGUUCGGCACAAAUACGAACCAAGGUAAUGAUAAUUGCCAUUAGAUGAUAUUCCCCCGACAAAUAUUAAACGUCCAAGCAAAUUUUUUAGGUCAAAUACAUCUUCAAAAUAACAUUGAUGAUAGCAAUUGUAAUAAUUAGUAAUGCAGCCAAACUGGAAGUACAUCAAAUACAUACCGUCAAUGGAUACGCAGAAAUUAUCACCAACACUAAACAGAUUGUUACAUCAUCUGACCUCGUAAUUCAUAAUUGACCCUCGUGAAAUUCUUUACAUACUAAAUAAUAUAAAAAAAAUCUCGCAAACAUAUUCAUAACUACAUUACUACACUCUAUCUAAUGAAAUUGAAAUCUUGAGAAGUAAAAUCAAAACAUUAAUCCCAAGAAAAGAAGUUAGUAGAAAAAAUAGAGGUUUAAUUAACGGUAUAGGUUCUGUACAUAAAUUUCUAUUUGGAACGAUGGAUGAUGGAGAUAGAAUAGAUAUUGAAAAUCACCUUAAGAAAGUAGAUGAAAAUUUACAUAAUUCAAUUACAGCCCCCCUCUACAAAAUAAAAAUUAAUAAUUUCUUUUCGAACACGUUCACAAAAUUUAAACAAAUUAUUGAAGACGAAAGAAAGAAUUCUUUAAUGUAUCAAGAGAGGACAAAAUAUUGAUUCUUCAUGAACAAACAAUAAAGAUAAACAUUCUCAAAGACGCAGUAAACCAGAUUUAGGAAAACAUUAUUUCACAAAAAGUGGUAUUUUCCACCCAAGCAUUUUAACAAAUAAAUCUUUAUAAUUACAACAUAGACCUCAACAAACUUCAAUAUAUAAAAUUAUGCGCCUUGGAAUAUAAAGAAAAUUUGUUAAUGUUUGUGAUCAUAAUCCCAAAAGAAUUUCAAUCGGUACAAUUAAAAACUAUUAUUCCUAUACCAAAUACAGCAGGCAAAGAAAUAACAGCAGAAAUUGAAAAUGUUUUUGAAUACAAAAAUGUCACUUAUAAAUUCGAAGAUGCUAAAACACUCAAUGAACUACAAUUUUCUAAACAUUGCAUCUACUUAUUAAAUUGUGAACUGAUCAAAAAUAGCAUUACAGAAAUUUUUCAAAUUGAUGAAGAAACUAUUUUAAUAAAAAAUGCAAAUGGCAUAGAAGUGAACCAGAACUGCGACAACAGAAAAAUUAAGUUGAAAAACACUACAUUGAUUCAUUAUAUAACUGCACAAUUAAGAUCCUAUACCAAACAUUCUCAAAUACUAAAGUAUCAUAGAAUCAAAGAUUUUAUUAUCCAAACUAUGAUACUCACAAUUUCACUAACAAAAUUACAAUUAACGACCUUGUAUUUAAAAAAGAAGAAAAUUUAAAAGGAAUUAAUGAAUUAAAAUAUCAGAAAAAUAUUUCUUAUAUUGGAAUAUCAAUUUUAAGUUUUAUUGUGAUUAUAAUAAUUUUAAUAUCUUGUAAAAUUAAAAAAAAAGAAAAACAAUACUAUUCAAACUCAGGAGAGUUUUCCAUUAAGGGAGUGUGUACACUAUCAUCCCAACUAGACACCACGCAACAAAAUAUUGUAAAUUGGACAAAAUAAAAGAUUAAAGAAAAACAAGUAAACAUUACAAAAAAUAAGAUAACAAGCAGAGAUAAAGAACGUAAUGCAAAUGCAUACAAACAUGUUUUGGUCCUUAUGUUUGACUGUAAUGAUAACCCAGACAUUAUCGGGUAAACCACACAAUCAUGUUUGUUUGCAUUCAAUAGAAAAUAAGAUUACAUUUAACAAAUAUUGUAUUUCAUAAGAAAAUAAAAAAACACAAAGAAAUAGAUUAAGAAAAUUGUAAUCACUUUAGUAGUUAUAUAAGCAGAACAUAAUUUGAAAAAGGAUCAGAAUAAAGUAUAAUGUCACAGAAGUAACAUCGGCAUUUUUAUUCCUCCGCUCGAACAACUAAAACUCACGCCAUGCUUUAGGUUAAAAAGAAGAUGUCUGUAUAGACUUUGUUUUCUUUUACUCGUAUAACAAUUUUAUUCAGAACAAUAAAUCGAUUAUUUAUACAGUCAUGAAAUAUUUGAUACAGUUAUUAAACUAAAUAUCGGCGAGACUCCAAUGACGAAGAUGGUUUGCCGGUGUUGGCGAUCGAGUUGAACGGGAUCGUAUAUGGUGUUACUUGCAGCGCGCAGGUUUGAGAUUGUGUCACAAAACGAAUGGAUGUACUUGUAUAACGAUUGCAUCCCAGUGGCUGCUGAUGGAUCGAUGACUUGAAGUAUCGUGGACGACUCGAAUUAACGCGCACAGGAUUGGUGAAUUGGAUAACCGUAGAGGAGCGUGAGGUGUUAUCGCGGCGCAGCGUAUAAGCGAAUGUAUCAAAAACGAAUGUCCUUUUGUCCAGCCUUUUGUUAAGUGGGUUGAUUGAUGUAGAAGUGGGGUUAGGUUAUGUAGCGAUGUAUGAGUAUGGUGUCAUCGGAUGUGUUGCAUUAGUGUGUGCCUGUUUUUCUGGGUAGAGGGGGCAGAUGCUUAAUACAUUUAAACAUCCUGGGCCCCCUAGCCGAACAUUUUGCUUAGUAUUAUGUAUAAGAUGAUACAUGUAAUUCGGCUUACUGUUGGUGGAGUAGCCGAGGGCGCAGAAUAUUAGCUGUAAAAAGCGAUUUUGGUUUUAAUAUAAAUUUGUAUUUUAUGUAAGUUUUGGUGCUGGAGGUAGUAAUUUUCUUUUAUGUGUUUUGACGUCUUAUUAUUAGAGGAAAAACAUUUGUUUGCGGUUUAUUUACAAUAUCUUAUUUUAUCGGUUUGGUAUAUCGGCUGUUUAUUAUUUGCCUUUUCUGUAUUAUUGGCAAUUGUUUGCAUUUUAUUUGUUCUUGGCUUUUGAAGGCUCAGAAUGGGCCAGAAUGGGUACUCCUUAGCCCUGGAGUUAGGACUGUCAUAAUAGAGGGAUCUUGCGAGAGAGUGGACGUGAAUGGAGAACGGCUACGAUUUGUAGAGUAGAUAAUUCUUUAUAAUUAAUUUGAAGCUUUAUGCAGCUGAUUCCCAUAACCUACCCAUAUGAGCCGCGCUUGGAUAGAUGCGAUAAGAGGGACCAUUGCCUUUUGCAAGUGUAGGUGCCUCACUUUUUUUCAACGUUUUGGAAAAUUUUGUAUAUGUAAUAUUUAAGUGCGCAUGCAUUAAUUUGACAAGUAGUAGUGCCGUUCAAGGAUUGUGUUGUUUCUCAUUAUUGGCGAAAGCCAUCCUGCAGGGUCGAAAAUUUUUAUGUAUUUUUAAUAUUGGGACUAUCAGAGGUAACUUUAUGUUUUAUACUAAUUUUUGAAAAUGGUGGCUUGGGUGGUAGUCGUACGACGUACCGGCCAUUAUUUGAUCGAGUAAUUGUGGGUUUAGGGAAGUGCUCACAAUACUGAUCUUUUAUAGUUUUGUUUGUUAUUGGCAGUUUCCUUAACUUUUGCAAUUUACUUAAUUGUGAAUUAAGGUAUGUGUUCUCUUGAGUUUGUAUGGUGGUAACUGGUUCUGUAACUAGACCACUUUGUGUUUCGCUGUGCAGCGUUUGAACUUUUUGUGCCUUUGAGCAACAUGGUUUAUCUAGGCAAUUUUUCGAAUUUUGGGUUUCGGGAUAUGCUUCUGCAAUUAAACCCGUUGUUCUUUGUGUAUAAGCGCUUCUUUGGGGUGAGAUGGGAUGUCUGCUGUAAUGAAGCAUUGAAUUGUGUCUUUUGUGACAAUAUAAGCAGUUAAAUUUGCUUUUGUAAUUAUUAAGAUUGUGUGAGUGGGUCAAGCAGUUUGUACAGAGUCUUUUUGGCCUGACAAAGUUGUUCCUUUCAUUGACAUUCAUUUUUUUAAACUUCUCGCAAGUUUUAAACUUGUGCCCUCAGACCGAGCGCAACAGAAUAACUGAAAUUAUGAAAUAAGCGUGCC